AUGUCUCUUAAACGUAAAUUGGUUACAUUAACAAUUGCUGAAAAAGUGAACAUUAUAAGUGAGGUGACAAAAAGUGGUAAACAGAAAAAUGAAAUUGCCAAGCAAUUUAAUAUUCCACCCAGUACACUUUCAACUAUUCUGAAAAAUAAAGACGAUAUUUUACAAAAAUACAAAACUAAUAAAGGGUCCACGAAAAGAGUGAAAAUUAGUGAGUAUCCCGAUAUAGAGGUUAGUUUACUCAAUUGGUUUAUUCAAUGUAGAGAUUUAAACAUUCUAUUAAAUGGACCAAUUUUAAAGGAGAAGGCCGAAUUUUUUGCUACUAAACUCGGCCAUAAACAAUUUAAAGCUAGUCAAGGUUGGUUAAGCAACUGGAAAAAUUAG